AUGGCCCGUCAAUUGGUUCUCCUCGCUCUCCUCUUCACCGCCGUCGUCGGCAUUGUCUCAGCCGCCGAAGCCCCCACCGCCUCCCCUGCUUCCUCCCCUGCAGCCGAUGACCAUGCAGUCUCCGAUGCCGAAAAGACUCCUGCAGCUGCUCCUUCCAAGUCUCCCGCCGCCGCCACCACCGCCCCAAUCGCCGCCACUCCAUCCGCCGCCGGUGCUCCCGAAGGAGCUGCUUCUUCCCCCCAGGCUGAGGCUGAAUCCCCUGCUGCCGGUGGCCCUGCUUCCGGCCCUGCUGGUGAUGAGUCUUCUUCUGAUUCCCCUGCUGGAGCCCCUGAAUCCGACGCCGACGUGUCAUCUCCACCUUCCCCAACUGGACCUGCCGCCGGACCUGCUGACGGACCAGCCAGCGACGGCGAAGCUGCUGCUGAUGCACCCGCUGACUCACCCACUGAUGCAGCGAGUGGGGGUUCUUUCCUGAAAGUGUCCGUUGCCGCCGUUGCUGGGAUUUCAGCCGUUGCUGGAUUCUUUGCCUUCUAA